AAGGGCGGGCAGUGGCAGCGGGCGCGGGCGCUGCUGAGCGAGAUGUGGGAGGCGAAGCUGGAGCCCGACGUCAUCGACUACAGCGCUGGGAUCAGCGCGUGCGAGAAGGGCGAACAGUGGCAGCCGGCGCUGGCGCUGCUGAUCGAGAUGUGA